AUGGCGCCCUCGGUUGCGGGCUCGCAGAAAUCGGAUGCGCGCGAUAACACAGCCGUCGAGCAGGGCGUUGGCCAGGCAGCGUCCGUCAUCGUACCGCUCAUCGAACUGGGCGCGAUCGCUUUCGAGACGUGGGUUCUGGUCUACCUGAUAUGCGUCCAGUACCUGAUAAACCCCUCCAACGACCUACGGCAGAAUCACAAUAUCCAACCCCGACGAUCGACCGGCAUCGCGCUCAUCGUCCUCUAUGCCCUGCUGCUCCUCAUAUUACUGAUUGCUUGGAUGCGCCUCGUCCAAGUCAUAUGGUCCAAGCAAGACCUCACUCCGCUCGGCGAUAUCUCUACCGAGAAAGGAAACACAAAAGCGAAGUGGGUCGACGAGUACGACGCGUACGUCUGUGACUACGAGGGAAAGCCGCUCUGGUGCGACAAGUGCCACAACUGGAAGCCGGACAGGACGCAUCAUUGUAAAGAGUUGGGACGUUGCGUAAGAAAGAUGGAUCACUACUGCCCUUGGGCUGGGGGCAUCGUAGCCGAGUCUAGUCAUAAGUUCUUCCAGCAAUUUGUUACCUGUGGCUCCUUGUAUACGCUAUACUCCCUCAUCGUAGCUGCGGCAUUUUUCAGCGAUCGCGCAUCCAAAAUGAACUCUCGACCGGGAACAUGGAUAGCGGCUCUUGUUGUCCCAGUAGUGUUUUUCAUCUUCGGCUCCACCAUGGCCUAUAUGACGGGCUACAACCUGAUGAUCAACUACACAUCUGUGGAAGGCAUCCAGCGCGGUGGUAUUCACAACAUUGCCUUCCUGAUAUCACGAAUGCCGCGCGAUCGUAGCGUCCCACCAACCCCUCCUACACCUUCCAAGGACGAACCUGAUAAUCUGGUACCCCGUGAGGAUUGGCCUGUUCUUUGCACUGUGCAGCCCAGUGCUGGACGUACAUAUGUUGUAAUGCAGACCAAGCCUUAUGAGCAUCCGUGGUACACAGGGCUUAUGAAGGGCUGGAAAGACACAAUGGGUAACAGCCCAAUCGACUGGUUUCUGCCGACUAAAAUGAGUCCAUGCAAGCAGAAGAGUCGAAGAGGAGAGUUUGAGUGGGGCGAAGUCGUAUACGACAUGGCGAGGCAGUAUGAGAAAGAUAACCCGGGCACUCGCCUGUCAAUCCUUUCCUAA